AAUAGCGCAUGCUCGUGAAGAGGCACAAUUCACCAGAAAAGACGAACCAGCAAGCGCUUUCUCUCUAAACGAAAAUGAACUCGUAGGAAAUUCUUGGAAUACACUAGAGCAGUCGAUUCUUAGUAGUAGUAUACAGCGAGAGGCCCUGUAUGGAUCGUUUCAACAUACGUAGAUGUAAGACAGCGAGCUCUAAAGGCUACAAGUGCUAUCGUACGCUCCUAUAUCCGACCUAAGCCUAAUAAAUUAAAAAGUGCUCUUGUGUUUAAUAUUUUUUAAAUAUAUAUAUUCAUUUGUUAAAAGCUGGCCCGCGCUUCCGUCAUCUAUUAUAAGCAAUAGAUUCGUCGAUUUCAUAAAUUAGUUUCUGAUCUGCCACUCCGGACGAUCGGUCGACGUAGGUUGUUGACCCGACUCUUCUAUGUGUAUGUGUGCACCGGCAUCGAGUUAAUAGUUGUGUGACGGUAUGUUGACUUUGUUUAGAGGCGUAGACGCCGUCUUCCACAAUCCGCUGCUCAAUCCGAAGUUCGAUAUAACAUUUUUGCAGCCCAAUAUAAAGGCCUUAAAGGCCAAGUGUCGGCAGAGGGGGCACGAAUAUCCCCUGAAGCCUGGGAUAUUUGAGAUGAAUAGUUCAGAUUUUCAUCGAAUUCACAAGACUCUACAGGUAUUGCAAACGACCGGUUAUUACUACGGGGGAUUAUCGUGGAGGCAAGCUACGGAACUGUUGCAAGAUACUGCCAUCGGGACGUUUCUUAUAAGAGAAAGUUCUGACUCGAGUUUUCUGUUUUCUCUCAGUGUCAACACGGAAAGAGGACCUACUAGUGUUAGGAUACAUUAUAUCAAUGGUCAAUUUCGUUUAGAUUCCGAAGAGAGCAUUGCAGGAUUUAUGCCAAUUUUCGAUUGUGUGGUGCAACUAGUUGAAUAUUACGUUCGACUUAGCAAAUCGUCUAAGGGUGCUACGUGUGUUUGGUUGGAUAAUACAGGGCGUCGGGACUUACCUAUAUGCCUAAGUAGGCCACUCUAUCACUCCGUGUUGUCUCUGAAACAUCUCUGCCGUUUAGUAGUAAAUGGAAGGCUACACUCGCACACGGAUUGGAUCAGUGAAGUAGUACUGAGGAGGUUAGGUCUCCCUCAAACUUUAGUAUCAUAUCUCAGGGAAUAUCCCUAUCUACAUUGACAUGACGAUGGGGAUUACGAGCAUUUUAUUACCAUUCCUUGUGUUCGUUACAGAUGUGAAAAUCUGGAUGUUCGAGACACUUUUAAGUUAUUGUAUACGGGUUGAGUUAGCGGUCGAUAUUAAUUCCUAACGUCAGAUAAUUGGAUUCGA